GGAAAUUGAGGCUACCUUAAUCCAGCAGUUAUUGUAUGGCAAGUUUCUAGGAUACUGUUUACCAAAGAGUUUCCUCAUGGCAUUCAAGAGAGAGAGAGAGAGAUCUCCCAUUGAUCUUGGAAGCACACCACCGAUACAGGCUGAAAAAUAUCCAUAUAUAGAUUUUGGUAGAGCUUUGUUACCCCUUCUGUGAAAAACAGAGCUGGAUGCAUUAAGAAAACAUUAGCACCACUGGUUCAUUUGACAUUUGUGGAACUUUGUUACGCAGAAACCCGGAGAGGUCGACGGUUCAGAAGUAUGAAGGUCAUAAAGGUUUGUGUUGUAAUAUAGACGAUGUCAACAGGAGCAUCUUUUGAUGACUCAUCAAACCUAGUGGACAUAGCAGCCCCUACGAAUGGUGAACAAAAAGAAGGUACAGGUGACACAUCUGAUAAUCAGCCAGAUCUUCUCUCCUUUGAUGAGCCAGAGGACAUAAAAGAAGAGAGUAAGAGUCAGGAGUCAAAGUCAAAGUCAAAGAAGAGCAAAGCCAAAAGGUUAUUUAAAAGAGCCAAAUCUCCAAUUAGUGGUGCAAUUAAUAAGACUACAAAAGAAUUUAAAAAGCUGAGUAGUUUACCAAAGCAUCAUCACUCAUCUUCUCCAAAAUCUCCUCAAAGAUCCCCCUCUAGAGAAAAACUUACUGAAGAAUAUUCUCACCUUGAACAAAAGUUAAAUGAAAAAACAUCUGAAGAAUGGCUUGUCUUCCAACAAAUGCAAGACAGAGUAAAAGAAACAGUUGUUAAAUCACAGCAAAAAUUGAAACAUUACACAUCUCAAAGUGAGGACGAAGAACCAAAGCAGACAAUAUCAACAAAAUGGACAGGUUUUGAAGCCGAUUCAGGACUAGAACCUGAAGUAAUUGAUACAUCCUUGCAUCCUUCUAUAAGUAUAACUUGUCCAGCAAAUGAUUCAGAUACUGUUGAUCUCCUAGAUUCCGGAACAGAUAUACCUAAUGUGGAUAUUGAUUUAGGACUUUCUCCUCCUGUUACCCCUGGUCCUCCUGUGAAUAGUAGAAUAACAAGUAUGGAUAAUAUUAAGGAAGAAGCAGAGAAGGCUAAAGAAGAAGUACAGGUUAAAGGUGAUGAAUUAGACUUCCUUGGUUUGAUUGGUUCUGGUCAAACUGCCCAGCAAGAAAACAAACCUUCUGACAUGCUGUCACAAGAUCUUUUAGGACUGGAAACUUUUGUUUCUCCUGAUUCUUCCUCAGGUACUCGGCAAGAUGGUCUAACAAUUGCCACAUCAGAUGUUCUAGCUGGGUAUGCAUUUACAUCUUCAAUGUCAGCAGAUUCUUCUACAGCUGUUAAUACGGAAACAAAGACGGUUAACAGUGAUAUUUUGAUGUUUGAACAACCAUUAGAAACAUUUAAUAAGACUGUUGAACAAACAAAAGCAUCUGACAGUCAAGUUAAACAAGAUGAACUGUUUACAAUUGAUGAUAUUAAUGAGCCAACUGUUAUUGCACCUGUACAAGAUACCAUGGGAAAAUCAGAAGAACAGUCAAAAUCAGCAUUAGAUAUUUUUGGUGAACCUUUAAAGCCUUCUGUUGUUGAAACUACUAGAGACCAAAGCAGUACAGAUGUACUUGAUGGUGGUACAGACAAUAAAGCAGAAAUCUUGGUAUCUGCUACAUCAGUUUCAGAUGAAUUUGCCAGUUUUGAUCCUAUGAAAUCUGACAGUUUCAGUGUAGGGUUUACUCCUGCAGUUAAUAUUCAGAGAGCCCAUAGUCCUAUGGCAGUUAAUGAUCUACAACAGUUUGAAAGUUCCCCAAGCCAGGGUAUGACAUAUGGCUCUGUUCCCUCUUCAAAUAUUCAGGUUGAUAUAUUCUCUAAAAUCAAGCAGAUGUCAUCUUCAAGUCAGCCAGUUUCACCUGCUAGAAGAACAACUCCUAAACCUAAAGAUGUAUUUGGAUUUGUGAAGAAAGAAUUGAAAAAACCAGACGAAGAUGAAGAUGAUGGUGAUUAUAAGCCACUUGUUGCAUUAUCUACAAAAGCAAAGACAAGUGAAGAGAUGCAAGAAGAAAAAGUUGAAGAAACUUUGCCAGGUCAGCCAGAUUCAGUAAACAAUCCUUUUUUGUCAUCAAGUUUUACAGAGGAGAUGCAGACAGGGGAAGGAUUUAGUAGUGCAAAUGCAGCUCAGCUGUUUGGUGUUGAACCAGAGACAUUAGAAAUAGAAUCUGGCUUUGAUGAUUUAGGUAAACAGGCUGUUGACAAAGCCCAUGAUACUGUAAAAUCUUCCUGGGUAACUCCAGGAGCUUUUGAUGAUACUGAUUUUGGUGUAGACUUUGAAACAGAUGAAAAAUGGGAAGACAGUGUCCCAACAGAGAAAACACAGACCGGAGAUGUAUGGGGAGCAAAUGAUGGGCCUCAUGCAGACAAGACUGAGACUAAAGCCAGCGACAGUGAUAAUCCAUUUCUGGAUGAUUUCUCAACAUUUGAUGAAAUUCUUGAAGAACAACGAACAGUUGAUACAUCUGUUAAUCCAUUUUUGUCCAGUGAUCUAACUGAUGCACCAUUAGUUGCAACAUCGGUCCCUGCAGUUUCUUCUUCAGCUCCCAGUAAUCCUUUUUUCAACAGCACUGAAGCAUCAUCAGACUUACUUGGUGGAGGAAAUUCUGCUAUGCUAUCAGAUAGUGAAAGUUUUUUCCUUGAUUCUGUAUCUGACAAUAAACAAGACACUGAAGUAGCAGAUGAUAUAUUUGAUCCUUUCAAAGUGACUGCAAAGUCAUCAGAAGCCAUUACAGAAGCAGAAACAGGUGCUGAUUCAUUAGAUAUAUUCUCAAGUGUGGCUGCAUCAGGUGAUAAACAGUUGGCAAAGCCUUCAGAAGAUGAAGAUCAUGGUUUUAUGCUUGAUAUUAAACCUGUUGCUGAAAGGCCAAAAGAAGAUUCUCUUCCAGUAGCUCCAGCUAUAGCUCCACCUCCAAAAGCACCAAAAUCUCCACAACCACCCAGGGAGAAUCCUUUUGACAGAGAUUCUCCUCCUGAAGAAAACUUUGCUCAGUUUGAAGUCAUGGAUGCAAGCAACAAUGAAAUGCCAAAGGAAGCUCCACCAAAGAGUUUCUCAACGGACAGCACAACAACAGAAGAGGAGCCAGAAGUAACUUUAGAACCAUUAGAACCAUUUUUACCAGAUUGUGAAAAGGAAUCAUUUAAGUUAAUGUUAAGGUAUCCUACAAAGAAGAAAAUAGCAGGCAAUCGGUAUUGGAAGAACGUUGUAGUGAAAUUAGAAACGCAGAAAGAGGGACUUAUGGUAAGAGUGUUAAAUGAUGCAAGAGAUCAGCUUCCAAUUCAAGAACUUCCAUUACAGCCAUGCUAUUCACUUUCUGAUUUGUCUCUACAACAGUAUGAUCAGUAUGGUAAAAUACACACAGUAAAACUUCAGUAUGUUUUCUAUAAAGAAAGAGUGGGAAUAAAGACUGAAAGAAUUACACCAUCUAUAGUGAAAUUUAAGAAAAGAUCAGAAAAACCAAAAGCUACAAUGAUUCUUGACCAUUCACCACAAGUGUCAGAACUUCUGAAAUUUGGAAGUCUUGAUAAGUCAGAAAUCAAACUGUUUGUACAGAAAGUUGAAGACGAAUUUAUGAAGAUGGAGGCAAAACGUGAAAAAACAUUAACUUAUACGAAAGAUGAAGUAACUGCAGAAGUAAGGGAUGAGUAUUAUGCAGAGUUAGACUGUAAUGGUAGAGUGAUCUCCCAGAAGGCAAGGUGUCGGGUCUUUGCUCUAGCAUUCCUUACUGGAAUGCCAAUUGUAGAAAUGGGACUUAAUGAUAAACGCAGGAAAGGAAAAGAGGUAGUUGGUAGAUGCGAUAUCAUUCCAAUAAAAACUGAAGAAUGGAUAAGACUUGAAAAUGUUGAAUUUCAUAGUUGUGUCAAUAAAGAAGAGUUUGAAAAAACUAAUAAUAUUAAAUUUCAACCACUGGAUGCAUGUCAGUUUGAACUGAUGAGAUACCGUGUGAGGUUACGAGAAAACAAAGAACUUCCUUUGCAAUUGACUAUACAGCAAAUUUUAAAGCAAAGAAAAUGUGAAAUUCGAUGUGAUUUGUUAGUGACCGGGUAUCAUUCGUACAGCAAGAAGCACGGACAGUUUCCUUGUGAGGAUAUUGAAGUGUUGUUUCCAAUACCAGAAGUCUGGAUUUACAUGUUCCGGUAUGAAAGGCGGUUUGGUUACGGCUCAGUGCAUUCAGCAGCUAGAAAACCAGGCAGAAUUAAAGGUUUGGAGCGUCUGACAAUGAUGGCACAGGGCAACCUCAACCAAGCUCUCAUGGAAGCUGAUGUGGGUACAGCCAAAUAUGAACAUAUAUAUAGGUCAAUUGUUUGGAGAAUUCCCAGACUGCCAAUCAGAAACCAAGGUGCUUAUACAAGUCAUUUGUUCCGACUCAAGCUAGAGUUGGGACCACACGAUGAAAUUCCAGAAUCAUUUGAAACUCACACCCAGGUCUCCUUCACAAUGCCCUGCAGUACCACUUCACAGUCUCAGAUCCGUAGCAUUGCCGUCACAAAUCCUAAUCCUCCGGAAAAAUGGGUUCGCUCAUCGGCACAUUAUGAAUAUCGUAUCGAAAUUGAACACUUGGAUGAGUAUCCUGAACUGUUGGCAAUUGGUACAGUUUACAAGGAAGCUGCUCGUCUGUCCGUGUCAGAGAAUGCAGAAACUGAAGAAGUUGAAGAGGAGAGAGAUCCUAGACUGGCACAGUCUGAUUCUGACUCUAGUGAUAGCGACUGAUGAAUGGAUAUGGUACCAGUCUACCAUGUUACAGUGGUUGUAGAAGUUGAAUAAAAAAAACAGACUUGGUCUAGUUGUUUCAGGCUGAUUUGAAAAUAAAUGGGCUAGGUCUGGUUGUUUCAGACUGACUUGAUGAGAAAUGGAUUGGGUCUAGUUGUUUCAGACUGAUUUGAUAAGAAAUUGACUGGGUCUAGAUAUUUCAAACUAGUUUAUAAAAAUGAGCUGGGUCUAGUUCUUAAAUCGUAAGAGAUUUAAAAUGUUUGGUAAUAAGCCUAGCAUCCAAUGCUGUCAAAGUAGUUAAAUAGUUAAACCCAAAUGUAAUGUAGAUAUAUGAACAGAAAUGGAUGCAAAAUAAGUAUUCUUGUUAAUUUAUCAGUCUGCUCACAUAUCCAACUCUGUAUAGCUUUAACUAUCGAGUGUCUAGAUGUUAGGUACCUGUCAGAUAGAUAUUCAGUAUAUACCCUAUUCUGCUUAUCCUGUUUCAUACACAGUCAUAGGUUUGAAACAUUAAAAAUAUAGUAUUAGUGAAGUCAGAGGGGUUACUGAGAAGCUUUUUUGCACAAAUAACGUAAUACAUUGUAUUCCUUAAAUUAUAAGAAUCCUAACAUUUUUAAGAAUGCACAGAUGCUAGCAGAAACUUGAUUCAGAUAUUCUUUAACCUUUAGCCUGCUGGCGGCAAGUGAUUCUGCCUUUGCGACCAGUGCAGACCAAGAUCGGCCUGCACGGAUAUCGGCCUGCACAUCCGUGAAGGCUGAUCAUGGUCUGCACUGUUUGCUAUUCAGUCAGUAAAUUUUCAGUGAACACCCUUUCAGAUAAUAAAUGGUGUUGCCCAAAUUGAAUGAUGGACCAGUCCAUUUUAGAAAUUUAGCAGGCUAAGGGCUAAAUGAUUACAUGUUUGAACAAUAAUUACAUGUAUAGUAUUGUUGUAAUGGACCUUUAUAGAUAUAACAAAAUAAUUACAGCUGUAAUAUUCAUACUAUCCAUUUAGUUAAACUAAGGGUAAUUAAGUUGGAUCAUUUUAAACUAUAUAAGCUUGUUAAAAAUGUUUUUCUGUUGUAUUUUCUGUACUAAAAGUAUUAGUGAAUGCAUAUGCCACUUCCUUGUUUUUGUUAAUUUUCAGAUACUUAAUAGAGAGUGGCUGUUAGUCAUUUCAUCUAUUUUAUUGUAUGCCUUGAUAUACAGAAUUUGAAAGUCUCUGAAUAACAUUUUUGUACUUGAGCCCAUUCUAACAAAAUAUGUCAUUAAAUCACUUUUAUACUCAGACAGCUUGAGAGUCAGAAAAUGAUUAAUUUAUGCAUAUAUGUUACUGUCUUUCUCAGAUAUAGCAAAUGGAUAUUACUGUCGUUAUUGAAAACUGGCAUAAAAUAAUCAGAAAAAAACAACAUUAUUCGAGGAUGUGUUUGAAUAAGCAGAUAUAACAAACUUUCUAGGACAUUGGAAACUUUGAUAAGAAUAAAAUGAGCCGCGCCAUGAGAAAACCAACAUAGUACGUUUGCGACCAGCAUGGAGCCAGACCAGCAUGCGCAUCGCGCAGUCUGGUCAGGAUCCAUGCCGUUCACUAACGGUUUCUCUAAUUGCAAUAGGCUUUGAAAGAGAACAGCAUGGAUCCUGACCAGACUGC